AUGUCAGAGAAAGAAUUAAUUGAAGGAGUGCAGAAGAUGGAUAUUGGUUAUGAUUUUGGUGAGAAGAAGAAGAAGAAGAAGAGCAAGGAACAUAAGACGGGAGUUGCUGAAGUAGAAAGUAGUUAUGUUGAUGGAUCAGGACAAUUAUUUGUCAAGGGUGCGAUUUACCCAUAUGAAGAACUUCUGGAAAGAGUCAGAAGAUUGAUUCUUGAACAUAACCCAGAUUUGUGGGGAGCUAAAAGAUAUACAUUAAAACCACCUCAAGUAGUUAGAGUCGGAAGCAAGAAGGUAGCUUGGAUAAAUUUCCAGGAAAUUUGUAAUAUAAUGCAAAGAAAUGCAGACCAUGUCUUUCAAUUUGUAUUGAGUGAGCUGGGAACUGAAGGAUCAAUUGCUGGUGAUGGUCAACUAGUACUUAAGGGCAAAUAUGGGCCAAAGCAUAUCGAAGUUUUGCUCAGGAAAUACAUUAUGGAAUAUGUUGCAUGUUCUAUGUGUAAAUCUCCAAAUACCAGACUUGAGAGAGAUAAUAGAACCCGUCUAUAUACUAUUGUUUGUGCUGCUUGUGGUGCUAAUAGAAGCGUUCAAAACAUUAAAACUGGUUUCCAUGCCGUUUCUAGAGCUGACAGAAAGAAAGCUAAAGCUGCAUAA